UUUCUUGGGCAGGUGCAGGCGACUGUUCCGUCGAGCUUGAGCAUUUCCGUGUGAUCGCCAGCGAAGAGGAACACUUGAAAACACCAUGGACUCGAUUGUGGUCGCCUGCGCUUUUGCCCUAGUUGUGCAACAUUUACCGACAGGCCAAUGUACAACCUGGUCGUGCGACUUUGAGUCCAGAGACCUGUGCGGGUACACCCAAGACACCACAGAUAACCUGGACUGGAACCGUCAUGCCGGAGAUACACCUACCCCUAACACUGGGCCGUCAGUGGAUCAUACUCUGGGCACGGGUUACUAUAUGUACCUGGAGACAUCAACAGGUAGUCCAGGUGAAGUUGCCCGCCUUGUCUCCACGCCCUUCCCCGCCAGCAGUACUCCCUACUGCCUGAGGUUCUACUACCACAUGUUUGGGGACAGCAUAGACACCCUGAAUGUGUACAUCAGGAAGCAAGGCAUCCUGGGAACCCCAGUUUGGACACUUAGCGGUAACCAGGGAAACGCCUGGACGUUAGGACAUGCGCAGCUGGACGGAAGCAGCGUUUUCAGCGUUGUCUUCGAGGCCGUUCGCGGAAACGGCUUCAGAGGGGACAUCGCUAUCGAUGACGUCACCGUCAGCGAUGACUGUGUACCGAUAGCAACGACAGUGCUGCCCACAACAACACCGUAUCCGCUGGCCUCUCCAUCCUGCACAUUUGAACUGUCGCCAAUAUGUGGGUACCGGCAGGACAUUCACGACUCGGCUGACUGGACGUGGCAUCAAGAUCAUACGGAUACCGACGAUACGGGGCCUGGCUUUGACCAUACCUUGGGCACUGUUGAAGGACACUACAUGUACUUCGAGGCUUCCAGCAUCGCCUCAGGAGUGACAGCACGUCUGUUGUCUCCUACCCUUCCCAUCAUCCCCUCGUCUUCAAGCCACACCAGCUACUGCGUGACGUUCUGGUACCACAUGUACGGCCUCCAUAUCGACACUCUUAGCGUUCACAGGAAAGAGAGUGGGGGCUCCGAAGUCCCCAUGUGGAGUCUUUCCGAUGGACAGGGCAACGUCUGGCGACAAGGACAGCUUCCUCUUGACGGCACCACGGAGUCUACGUUGGUGUUCGAAGCAGUUCGCGGCAUCAGCUACAGGGGAGACAUCGCCAUAGAUGAUGUUGACGUGAUUCAGUACAGAGGACAAUGCGACUUUAUCCCUGCUUCUGCCAUGGUGCAUUUGCCUUCAACCACCACCCAAUCACCAAGUACAAGUGCGUACCUUCCAACGUCAGAGACACCGUCCGCAGCAACUACAACAGAGCAACCGCCUACGGCAACGCCGACAGAAACACCAUCUAAAGCCACCACCAUCGCGACAGGGCCAUCGUCAACGACCGAAAGUAUCCCUUCAGCUACCAGUGCAAUUACACCUCUUACGCCUACCAUCACAGCCCAAUCUUUCAGUUCAAGCACCCAUUUCACAACAUCAGUCCCACAGUCAGCAGACACAGCAGCAACGCCGACAGAAACAUCAUUGGUAACCGUCACAGUCACAACUUGGCAAUCGUCAACAACCGAAAUUAUCCCAUCUGCGGCUUCUUCUACAACUGAGCGUGCUCCCGCCAUCAGCACCCAGUCCUCCAGCACAAGUACCUACCUCUCAACGUCAGGAACGCUGCAUGCUGUGACAACAACAGGGCAAUCACCGACGGCAAUGUCGACAGAAACAUCAUCGACAGCCGCAACCAUCGCAACAGGUUCAUCGUCAACAACCGGUAGACCGACCACAUUGCAGUCUGAUACACCCACGAGUGGCAUGAAAACAACAGCAGGACGAACGUCCACAGAAACAGGAGCAUCAUCGACAAUCGCCACUGCCCCUAAUGGGUCAUGGUGGACUCCCGACAGACCAGAGCCAUCGCAAACUACAGUGGCGUCUGAUUCACCACCAACAGACGUGAAGACAGACGGAACGACCCCAAAGUCGGCCAGGCCAACGGUAACAAGCUUCACACAGUCAUCUCGCAUCACCGGACCAGUGACCACAGCGGGAGGCGAUCUUUCGGCUGGACAAACCGGCAGCACUACCACGAUCAUCGUAGCGGUGGCGGUGGUACUGAGUCUGGUCUGCGGGGCUGUGGCAGGGGUUGUUGCUACUGUAUGCUACAAAAAGAAGAAAAGGACUCGGUCUGGACACGCAAAGGUCAAGUACGCGACGGAGCAAGACACGUCGGCUUCCGUCGGUCACGCUUUACCCAAUGGAAGGGUCGAAUUUGAGAACCCCACAUUCGAACACAUCUACGAGGAGUUGCCUAACGUGGUGGCAAAUGUGACGUCACGGCAAGACCAAAGGCCGUUGUCGGCUAUUUCAUCUUCACAAACCGAGGUCUACAUGGAAAUAAACGAUGACGAAAAUUUGGGGGCAAAAGCUUCUCCCGCCGUGCAAACUGCCAAUGGCGACGAUCAAAUGUCUUUAUCAUCAAAUGCCAAUGUCUUGUUCCCAUCUCCGCGACAAGUGGACCAGAGAGGUAGGCGGCAUGAUGGCCACCGCGAGAGAAACAUUACGGACGAACACACCAGGCAGGAAUACCGAAGAGAUAGUCGGGAGAGGGAGAGUGACUAUUUUCCACCAAUAUCUGAUCCAAAUAUGCACGGCCCGAACCUGAACCAUAUCGGGAACAAUUAUGAUGACGACUAUGAACGCAUACGUCACGACCACUAUCAGGACUUGAACCCACGUCCACCUGCGCAUUACCAAAGCCUACGGCCCGAUCCCUAUCAGAAAUUAAAUGUUCCUGAGCACGCGCCAAACCCAGACGGAUAUCAGAGUCUUCGUCAUAACCAUCACCAACAUUUGGAUGUUCCUACGCGUGAACAAAAUCCGGACGGGUAUCAGAGUCUCCGACAUAACCAAUACCAAAAUUUGCCCCCGCAUUCACAGAACGAUCGCCCUCCAUACGUGUAAAGUCAGGUAUUUUGAUGACUAGACUAAUAUUGUGUUAAAUAAAGGAUAUAAAGGGGUUCGAUUCCUAGGGCGGUAACCAGUGGGGUAGAUGUCGGUUCAGACUUCAGUGGAGCAGGGUAUGAUUUGCAAUCUUUUUCAUUUGUGGUGUAUUGGGGGUACUUUGCUUCUCAAUUGUCAUUGUCAUAGUCACGGCACAUAGACGCCGUGGAACGCUACACACUAUAUUUGUACAACUUGUUACAUUUUUGUGAUGUAGGAGGCUGUUGUAAAUAAAUUGAUCGCUGGGUUGAUAUGCAAUAUUCCUAUAAAGAUAAGUAUGCUGAUACAAGUUGACAUUAGAUUACGGAAAUAGUUUUUCUUGUGUAGUACUUUCUCUCCUUGAGACUAUUCUCUCGGUGAUGAUUGCGCCUUGGUCACACAUGGCUCAUAUACGAAUAAAUCUGUUUGAAAUAACUGAUAUAUUGUUUACUUUUGCAACGUCAAAAGUUCAGUUAGAGUAGCUCACAGUUCAAAGUCGCAUGAUUGCAUCAUUUUUCUUUGAUUAAUAACUGCAUACUUGCACUGUUUCCGCGAUACUAUCUGAAUAUUACCACCUUUGCAAUCUUAGCCAUCUUAGCUUUGUUUCAGAGUAAAUAUUGGAAUUACUCACCGUUCAUUCGUACCACGCAGAUUUUUCCUCGUCCCUUUCCUGAAUGAUUCUAUACGUUCUGCGUAUAAACAACAGUAAAAUGCUGGCAACAUACGACUGUAAGUUUUGCUAUACUUAAGUAUGACAUGUCAAACAAUCACAGAUCACAAGCAAACAGUCGACAAUUACUGUACCAC